GAGGGAAACAACACCCCUCCCCGGCAGCGGCGGCGGCGGCGGCAGCUCCCAGAGCACUGUUUCAGGGGCUGGGCCUGUCGCUGCUCUGUCUAUCCUGGGCAAGGGGCGCUCUGGGAGGAGGGGCAACGCCAGGGGGCCCGUAUCCCGGAGUCCCCUUUCUGCGACUGGGGAGUAGCCGGGGACUCGUCCCGCAGCGCAGAGCCGGGGCUGAAGGGGAGACGUGAGGGCAGCCCGGGCCUCCAGCUCGGCGCGCCGCGCCGCUCACGCCCUCUCUGCCCCCCGGGGCCGGGGCCCGCGUUCCGGGGGGCCGAGCGGUGCAGGGAGCCUCGGCCGGGCCGGUCUCAGCUGAUCGGCCGCCGCUCCUGGCUUCCGAGGCUGCCGGCCGCUGCUGGCCCAGAGCAAGGCGAGGGGGGCGCUCCCCGCUGUCGGGCCGGCCCGGCCUUCGGGUUGCUGACCGCCGGGCCGGGCGAGGCGCCGAGGGUCGUGCUCCCCUCUCUUGACGCCUCCGACGCCCGGUCUCCAAAGCCUGAAGAGGAGAUUGGAUCCAGCAACUGUUUCCUCUUUUCCGGGUCGCUGUGACCCUCUCGAUACUGGGUUGAUCCCCGGAAUAUCCGAAGACGACGUUUGGGAUUUAAUUUUUCUUCUCAGUUUUUGGAAUCUUUCACUUCUCACUUGGACAAGAACUCAAGAGCAGAAUCCCCGUGUUGCAAUCUGGUUCCUAAGGAGGAAGAGGAAGGCAGUCCUGGAGUGGUUUCUUUAUAGUAAUUUCAACAGAAGAGUGAGAGAUGGAACCCGAAGAAGAAAGAAUUCGUUACAGCCAGAGACUGCGUGGUACUAUGCGACGACGCUAUGAAGAUGAUGGCAUUUCAGACGAUGAAAUUGAAGGGAAAAGAACUUUUGACUUGGAAGAGAAGCUCCACACCAACAAAUACAAUGCCAAUUUUGUUACAUUUAUGGAAGGGAAAGAUUUUAAUGUAGAGUAUAUCCAGCGGGGUGGUUUGAGAGACCCUCUGAUAUUCAAGAAUUCUGAUGGACUUGGAAUAAAGAUGCCAGAUCCAGACUUUACUGUGAAUGAUGUUAAAAUGUGUGUAGGGAGUCGUCGGAUGGUGGACGUUAUGGAUGUGAAUACCCAGAAAGGCAUUGAAAUGACCAUGGCUCAGUGGACACGCUACUAUGAGACUCCAGAAGAAGAGCGAGAGAAACUCUAUAAUGUCAUCAGCCUAGAGUUUAGCCACACCAGGCUGGAGAACAUGGUACAGAGACCUUCAACGGUGGAUUUCAUUGACUGGGUAGACAACAUGUGGCCAAGGCAUUUGAAGGAAAGUCAGACUGAAUCAACAAAUGCCAUCUUAGAAAUGCAGUACCCUAAAGUGCAGAAGUACUGUUUAAUGAGUGUUCGAGGCUGCUAUACUGACUUUCAUGUGGACUUUGGUGGUACCUCUGUUUGGUAUCACAUCCACCAAGGGGGAAAGGUCUUCUGGCUCAUCCCCCCUACAGCCCACAACCUGGAGCUGUACGAGAAUUGGCUGCUGUCAGGGAAACAGGGAGACAUCUUUCUGGGUGAUCGAGUGUCAGAUUGUCAACGCAUUGAGCUCAAGCAGGGCUAUACCUUCGUCAUUCCCUCAGGCUGGAUUCAUGCUGUAUAUACACCUACAGACACAUUAGUGUUUGGAGGCAAUUUUUUGCAUAGCUUCAACAUCCCCAUGCAGUUAAAGAUAUACAACAUUGAAGAUCGGACACGGGUUCCAAAUAAGUUCCGCUAUCCAUUCUACUAUGAGAUGUGUUGGUAUGUGUUGGAGCGCUAUGUGUACUGUAUAACCAACCGUUCCCACCUAACUAAGGAAUUUCAGAAAGAAUCUCUCAGCAUGGAUCUGGAGUUGAAUGGAUUGGAGUCUGGAAAUGGGGAUGAGGAAGGAGUAGACCGAGAAACCCGACGCUUGAGCAGUAGGCGUUCUGUCCUUACCAGCCCUGUAGCCAAUGGGGUCAACUUGGAUUAUGAUGGCCUGGGAAAAACCUGCCGAAGUCUUCCAAGUCUGAAGAAAACUUUGUCUGGGGACUCGUCCUCUGACUCUAGCAGGGGCUCCCAUAAUGGCCAAGUGUGGGAUCCCCAGUGUAGCCCCCGAAAGGACAGGCAAGUGCAUCUGACCCAUUUUGAACUUGAAGGCCUUCGUUGCCUUGUAGAUAAGUUGGAGUCUCUGCCACUGCACAAGAAGUGUGUUCCCACAGGGAUAGAAGAUGAAGAUGCUCUUAUUGCUGAUGUAAAGGUUUUGUUGGAGGAGCUUGCCAGUAGUGACCCCAAGUUAGCUCUCACUGGAGUCCCUAUAGUACAGUGGCCAAAAAGGGAUAAGCUUAAAUUCCCCACCCGGCCAAAGGUGCGGGUUCCAACCAUCCCUAUCACAAAGCCUCACACUAUGAAGCCAGCUCCUCGCCUAACACCUGUGCGGCCGGCAGCUGCCUCCCCCAUUGUGUCAGGAGCCAGGCGGAGAAGAGUGCGCUGUAGGAAAUGCAAAGCCUGUGUGCAAGGAGAGUGCGGUGUUUGCCACUACUGCAGAGACAUGAAGAAGUUUGGGGGACCUGGACGCAUGAAACAGUCCUGUGUCCUCCGACAGUGCUUGGCACCCAGACUGCCUCACUCAGUCACAUGUUCCCUCUGUGGUGAGGUAGAUCAGAAUGAAGAGACACAGGACUUUGAGAAGAAACUCAUGGAAUGCUGUAUCUGCAAUGAGAUUGUUCAUCCUGGCUGCCUCCAGAUGGAUGGAGAGGGUUUGCUUAAUGAGGAACUGCCAAAUUGCUGGGAGUGUCCAAAGUGUUACCAGGAGGACAGCUCGGAGAAAGCCCAGAAGCGGAAAAUGGAAGAGAGUGAUGAAGAAGCUGUGCAAGCCAAAGUCCUGCGGCCCCUGCGGAGCUGCGAUGAGCCCCUCACACCCCCGCCCCAUUCACCCACUUCCAUGCUGCAGCUCAUCCACGACCCCGCUUCCCCCCGGGGUAUGGUGACUCGGUCAUCCCCUGGGGCUGGCCCCAGCGACCACCACAGUGCCAGCCGCGAUGAGCGCUUCAAACGGCGGCAGUUGCUACGGCUGCAAGCCACAGAGCGCACCAUGGUACGGGAAAAGGAGAACAAUCCCAGCGGCAAAAAGGAGCUGUCUGAAGUUGAGAAAGCCAAGAUCCGGGGAUCGUACCUCACUGUCACGCUACAGAGGCCCACCAAAGAGCUCCACGGGACAUCCAUUGUACCCAAGCUGCAGGCCAUCACGGCCUCCUCUGCCAAUCUUCGCCAUUCCCCCCGCGUGCUAGUGCAGCACUGUCCAGCCCGAACCCCCCAGCGUGGGGAUGAGGAGGGGCUGGGGGGAGAGGAGGAAGAAGAGGAGGAGGAGGAGGAAGAUGACAGUGCAGAGGAGGGGGGUGCGUCCAGGCUGAAUGGCCGGGGCAGUUGGGCUCAGGAUGGAGACGAAAGCUGGAUGCAGCGGGAGGUCUGGAUGUCUGUCUUCCGCUACCUCAGCCGCAGAGAACUUUGUGAAUGUAUGCGAGUGUGCAAGACGUGGUAUAAAUGGUGCUGUGACAAGAGACUUUGGACAAAAAUUGACUUGAGUAGGUGUAAGGCCAUUGUACCCCAGGCUCUCAGUGGCAUCAUCAAGAGGCAACCAGUUAGCCUUGACCUCAGUUGGACCAACAUCUCCAAAAAGCAGCUGACAUGGCUGGUCAAUAGGCUGCCAGGCCUGAAAGACCUCCUCCUAGCUGGCUGUUCCUGGUCUGCAGUCUCUGCCCUCAGCACCUCCAGCUGCCCCCUUCUCAGGACCCUUGAUCUUCGGUGGGCAGUAGGAAUUAAGGACCCUCAAAUUCGGGACUUGCUUACUCCAUCAGCUGAUAAACCAGGUCAGGACAAUCGCAGCAAGCUCCGAAACAUGACUGACUUCCGGCUGGCAGGCCUUGAUAUCACAGACGCCACACUUCGCCUCAUCAUUCGCCACAUGCCCCUCCUGUCUCGACUUGACCUCAGUCACUGCAGCCAUCUUACAGAUCAGUCCUCCAACCUUCUCACUGCUGUUGGGUCUUCCACUCGUUACUCCCUCACAGAGCUCAAUAUGGCAGGUUGCAAUAAACUGACAGACCAGACCCUGAUGUACCUACGGCGCAUUGCCAAUGUCACCCUGAUUGACCUUCGAGGAUGCAAGCAGAUCACUCGAAAAGCCUGCGAGCACUUCAUCUCAGACUUGUCCAUCAACAGCCUUUACUGCCUGUCUGAUGAGAAGCUGAUACAGAAGAUUAGCUAAGACACGCCUAGCCUGAACUAAACAGGAAAUGGAUCUUCCCUAGCCUCCCCGCUGAGGAGAGCCUCUCCCUGACCCUGCACGGGCUCUGAGGCCAGCGUCACACUCCCUCUCUGCUCUUCUGUCCUUGAGCCCUUCUCCCACAGGUGGGGUAGAGAGGGUGGACAACACCAGGCUUACCUCCUUGCUCCUCUCCCAAGGAAAAGGGAGUAGCAGUUGAUGUGAGGGAAAGGAAAGCACAGGCUGUGCUGUCGUGGUGCCUGCUUAGUUGCUCACCUGCCAGGAGGCUGGGCUCACCAUCUAGGGGAUUUGUGCAACCUUCACCUGCGCCAGAUCUUGGGACCCCCCUUCCCACCCGUGGCCCCAGCAGUGCCUGGUUCAGAGCAGACUCCAGGGAAGAAAACAGUCCUGCCUCCACAGCCAGGUUCUCCUCGUGGUGUCCAGUGCGUGUCUCUCCUCUGUCACACUCUCCCAGCUUCUGCAGGAGGGGCCAGCACCCCCAGGAAUGCCAGGCCCAGCAGAUCCCACUGGUGCUGUUGAUGUCCAAAGCCUCGUGCCCGUGUCUGUGCUCACCCUCCUUUCCUCUCCCUGAGCUUGAUGCUGUCCAGCGUUCGUGCUCAUUCAUGUAAUACAGUGUAUCCCCUUCCAUCCAGCCCCUGACUUUCCCACUAGUCUCUCUGAGGCCCUUGUUGCACUUAUUGGGGUUGAUGCUCUUCAGAGCUGGAAUUGUACCCCAGAAACACCCCCAUUGCAUUGCUACCCAGGCAGAGUCUGAGAUAGGCACCAUCUCCUUGUUUCCCCUCUCUCUUGCCUCCCACUGACUGCCCUUUUCCACGUGUCCUCCUUCCUGCCUGAAUAGGGCUUCCCUGGGAUGCGUGUUCUCAGAGGGAGCAGCCUUUCUCCCCCGCCAGGUGAGGAGAGCAGAGGACUGGCUGAAUCCCUACCUGCCCCUAGGCCUCUGGUUUAGUGUGGCCUCUAGGAGCCCAGGCCUGUGCAUUGCCCCAGCAGCUCACUGACCUGGUGCCUUUCAAGGGUCAAGGGGUCCUUAGAAGCCAGUCACCUGCCCUCUGCCCAUAGCCAUGGAAGAGGGUGUGCAUGUGCCUCUGUGUGUGUGUGUGUGUGUGUGUGUGUGUGUGUGUGUGUGUGUGUGUAUAGAGGGGGGAAGGAAGUGUCUCCCACUUCACCACCCUUUGUCAAGCCCUAUCAGCUGCCCCCUUUUACUUUGCAUUGAACGGUCUGUCCAAAGAUCCUCUCUCUAGGGCAGCAGAGAGCUUUCUGCACUUUAAAAAAAAAGAAAGAAAGAAAAUAAAGGUCGGAAUUUAUUCGGGGUCAGUAUUUAAGUGUGUGAGGAGAUGCUUAAUAGCCUGUGGCAAAAGCUUCUAAGUGACAGACGCAAAUUUGCACUCUGCUCCCCAUCUUUAAGGAGAUUGAUAGCACAACCUUGCCCCGCCUCCUUGUUCUCCAGCCUCAUCCCUUCCGGUCCCUUUCCUGUAGCCCAAUCUCAGGCUUUCCUCCUCUUAAACCUACUGGGGGGAGGGGACAGAGCAAGGCACCAGGGCUCUGAAGUAUGAGCUACCCUAAGGAGAGACGCUACCCUAAGGAGAGACGUCAGCUGCACCUUUGCCACUGCCAAAGCAAUAGAGGUAGAGGGCCCCCCUCUUUGCCAUCCACCCUGGCAUUAACUAAACUUCUUAGGAAACUGGGUCCUGGUAAGGGGUGGCACUGUACCUUCUUCCAUUCUGCUGAUUCUUUUGACUGCACCUUAAAAACAGCAGUCUGCUCCUGUGACCUUCUCCCCCUUCAUUGGUCUCUAGGCCCCAGAAGUCUGGGGCUGAAAUGUUGAGGAAAUGCCAGUGACUUACUCCAGAGUGCCUCAGUUAGGGGAACUUACCUGUAAAGAACCCUGGGUAUUGAGCAAAAACCUUAUUAAUAUUGUUAGUAACCCAUAAUUGGAAGCUUCCUGCCUCCCCCCCCCUCGGUUGCUCCUGUGGAAAAUACUGAAGAUUAAGUUCUGUUACAUUGUCUUUUUGUAAAAGGGGAGGUGGAGAGACCCCUUCAAGAGCAGGGAUUGUGCCGGGAGAGUGCCUCUGACUUUGGGACAUUUCAUCCACAAAAAUUUCCAAGCUGAUAGUUUGUUUGGAGUUUUGGUUUUUAUGUUUGAAUUUUGGUUUGGAAAAACAAGCAUUUUUACGGUGCACACAAAUUGGUCAGCAGAAAAGGGAGCCCAAUGGCAGCAAAUGGACCAGUGCCCCUGUUGGGUUUUACUUUUCAUUGGCACUGAGGAGAAAAUGGUUUUUAGAGGUGAGGGUUGGUCCACAUCAAGGAGAAAAGUAUCUAUUUGGGGACAGAGGAACCCGGGAGUUCCAUCACCUUCCUGCAUCUGCUUUUAGCUGCAGCCUUGCCAGGAGAACCUACCCUCCUCAGAUCACAGGACCAGACCUCUGCCUCCAUCUUUCCAAGCAUCGGGGCAAAAAACCACAAAGGAAAGGAAGAAAAUUUAUAUAUAUAUAAAUAUAUAUAUAAUAUAAAAAUCACUUGGUGAUUAAAAAAAUAAUUGCUCCAUAAAUAAAACUCCUAAAGUCACUAUGUUUAAAAGAAUUUCAUUGUGUUUUUUGUUUUAUGGGAAAAUAUUGUAAAUAUAUAUUUUUUGUUGCUGAUUUAGAGUCAAUCUCCAAUGUUGUGCUAAAAAUUUUAAAUUAAAUGUAAGCAUUAUGGGGGUGAGUCUUAACGCUAUCUCACUUGACACAAUAGGGUUAUUUUGGGCCAGGGAAGGAGGGAAGCUAGUUGGACUUUGUUUUGUUUUCUAAAAGUUCUCCACUAUUGGUUUUAGAAAGAACAAGAACAUCUUUACUCUGACAUAUGGAAAUGGGAGAUAUUUGUGUAAUAAAAUUUUUAAAAGACAAAAAA